AUGAAAUUCUUAAGAUCCAUGGAUAUAGCGAUGAAAUAUAUCGAUUAAGAGGUAUUUUUCUAAUUAUAUCCCUACCAGUUAAUAUAUCUGAAGAAAUAAAUUAUUGAUAAAAAUUGCAUGGGUUGCCAUAUAAUAAAAUAGAAUCAAACAGCUUCAAAAUAAAAAAUAGCUCAUUGUAAUUAUCAAUCAUUAUCUAACUAUAAGUUAUGCGGAAUUUUCUAUUCUUUAGCAAUAAAUAGCACUUCUACUUUGCUUGUUGCUGCUAUAGAUUGUGAAAUACUAAUUUUUUACUUUAAAAUGGGAAAUUUAAAAUAACUUUAAGUAAUUCAGCUCCAAGCUUACAAUAUCUAUCUGCUUACAUUUUUUAAAUAGAAGUCAUUUUUUAUCUCAGCCUAAAGCGACUCUUCACUAGCAAUUUGGAAUUCUGAUCUCAUUUCUAAACCUAAUUAUAUUUGCAAAUUAUUUGGACAUUCUAAAGAAAUCCUUUGCAUAGCUUUUCAUCCUCUAAUUGAAGACCUGAUAGUUACAGUUCACAUGAUGGCUUAAUAAAAUUUUGGUCAAUCCAACAGCGGUGGUAUUGUAAAUAGACAAUUUCUAAACAUACUGAUUCAGCAACCUCUUUAACAUUUAACUCAAUUGGAAACUAAUUAAUCUCUUGUGGCAAUGAUAAAUCAAUCUUGA